AUGAAUUCUCAAGACCUUCUCAGCUACCUAAAAAGUCUGCCAAUGAACGAGCUUCUUGCUCAGUUUCAAACCGCGCAUGAUAAUGUGACAAGAGCCCAACUUAACGCUGAUCAAGCCAAGAAGCAAUCACUUGAGUCCCAAAAUGUUGAAUUAGUUCAACAACUCAAGAAUAUGAACAUGGCUAUGGGGGAUCUCAUUACGGAGAGGGAUGUCUUGAAGGAGCAACAUGCCGCCAGCCAGUCUAGAGAACAGGGACUGGAAUCUCAAAAUGCUGAAUUGAUUGGGCAGCUUAAGAAGAUGAACAUGGCUAUGAGCAAUCUCAUUGUGGGGAGGGAUGCCUACGCCCAAGCCAAAAAAGUGGACGGCGAUGCAAUUCGGAAGCUCCAGGAGCAACAUGCCAAAGAGCUCGAAAACAAGGACCUGGAACUUCAAACGCUUAAGACUCAAUUGGCGGCAAGUCAGGAGCAACAUGUCAAAGAGCUCAACGAUAAAAACCUGGUUAUCGGAGAUCUGAAGACCCAUCUAUCUGCUGCUGAGCAACAAAGCAUCGAUAAGCUCAAGGUGCUUCAGGAGCAACAUGCUAAGAUUGAAAACAAGGACCAGGUCAUCCAAGAACUGAAAACCCACUUACCUGCUGCCGAGCAACAAACCAUUGAGAAAGUUAUGGAGCUCAAAAAUGAGAACAGCCGACUCUCUCAAGAAAUUCAGAAUCUCCAGGAAUACAGCCUCCAGGGUGAGCAACGUGUACAGGGGACUCUUGCACUUUUGACGGAACGCUUGCAGAAGCAGUUGCAAGUGCAUCAGAAGACGGAUCCUCGUGUAAAGUGGGACGAAGACGGUAUUCUGAUAAUCCAAACUUAUUUGACCCAAUUGGCGGCUAUUCAUGAGGACAGCACCAAGCUCCUGAAGCAACCCCGCCUAUCUUCUGGAGAGCAACAACCCGUCGAUAAAAUUAUGGAGCUUGCAAAUGAGAACAAACGACUCUCUCUAGGACUUCAGAUGUUGACUGAUCAAAAAAAUCAAAGUCUCUUAAAGGCACGGGAAGGCUUUGCUCUGAGGACGAAGCAUGCCGACGAGAUAAAAGACAAAAUCCGAGAUAUUAGAGAUUUAGAGACCCGUCUAUCUGCUGCUGAGCAACAAACCAUCAAAAAACUCAAAAAUAAGGACCUGGAACUUCAAACGCUUCAGUGCAAAUUGACGGCUUGUCAGGAGCAACAUGUCAAGGAGCUCAACGACAAGGACCGUACCAUCCAAGAACUAAAGACCCGUCUAUCUGAGCGACAAAUUGUGCAUACAGUUAUGGUGCUCAGAAAUCUGAACAACCGACUCUCUCUAGAAGUUCAGAAGCUCCAGGAGGAGAGCAUCAAGGCUGAGCGAUUUCAUCAGGGUCAGAUGGAAAUUUUGAAGAGAGCUCUGCAGAAGAAGGAAACCUUGCGUCAGGAGAAAAAGGAGGUUGUUCCUGAGCUCACUCAAUUCCACACUGAGCUUGGCAAGCUCUAUAUGGAGCUCCAGGAAGCGAAGAAGCCGCAGGAGGCUCUGAUGGCUCAGUUGGUUGAUAAGGACAAGGAAAUUGAGUAUCUCAUGGAGCAACUCGAAGCGAAGGAUUCAGAAAUCCUGAAUCUGAUGAUUCAGGGAGGAGAUGAGAUGAAUGAGAAAGCGGUCAUGGCGGAUUGGAUGGCGGAGCUUGAAAACGGUCGUGACGGAAAAUCGGAAUAA